CCCGCCGCCCGCCGCCGCCGCCGCCGCCGGCUCGGUCCCGCGCCCGCCGCCCGCCUUCGCCCGCCAUGGCCCGCCUGACGGAGAGCGAGGCGCGCCGGCAGCAGCAGCAGCUCCUACAGCCGCGGCCCUCGCCCGUGGGCAGCAGCGGGCCCGAGCCCCCCGGGGGGCAGCCCGACGGCAUGAAGGACCUGGACGCCAUCAAGCUGUUCGUGGGCCAGAUCCCGCGCAACCUGGACGAGAAGGACCUCAAGCCGCUCUUCGAGCAGUUCGGCCGCAUCUACGAGCUCACGGUGCUCAAGGACCCCUACACCGGCAUGCACAAAGGUUGUGCCUUUCUCACCUACUGUGCCAGGGACUCCGCCAUCAAAGCUCAGACCGCCCUGCACGAGCAGAAGACCUUGCCCGGGAUGGCGCGGCCGAUCCAGGUGAAGCCUGCGGACAGCGAAAGCCGCGGAGGUAGGGACCGGAAGCUGUUUGUGGGGAUGCUGAACAAGCAGCAGUCGGAGGAGGACGUGCUGCGGCUGUUCCAGCCCUUUGGGGUCAUCGACGAGUGCACCGUGCUCCGGGGCCCUGACGGCAGCAGCAAAGGCUGUGCCUUCGUGAAGUUCUCCUCGCACACGGAGGCUCAGGCGGCCAUCCACGCGCUGCACGGCAGCCAGACCAUGCCGGGCGCCUCCUCCAGCCUGGUGGUCAAGUUUGCCGACACGGACAAGGAGCGGACGCUGCGGCGCAUGCAGCAGAUGGUGGGCCAGCUGGGCAUCCUGACGCCAUCCCUCACACUGCCCCUCAGCCCGUACAGCGCCUACGCCCAGGCUCUCAUGCAGCAGCAGACGACAGUCCUGUCCACCUCGGGCAGCUACCUGAGCCCUGGCGUGGCCUUCUCACCCUGCCACAUCCAGCAGAUCGGUGCCGUCAGCCUCAACGGGCUGCCUGCCACACCCAUCGCCCCUGCCUCCGGAUUACACUCACCUCCGCUGCUCAGCACGGCCGCCGUGCCCGGCCUCGUGGCUCCCAUCACCAACGGCUUCGCGGGGGUUGUGCCCUUUCCUGGCGGGCACCCGGCCCUGGAAACCGUAUAUGCCAAUGGCCUUGUGCCCUACCCAGCUCAGAGCCCCACCGUGGCCGAGACCCUCCAUCCCGCAUUCUCCGGAGUCCAGCAGUACACAGCCAUGUACCCCGCCGCGGCCAUCACGCCCAUCGCGCACAGCGUCCCCCAGCCGCCGCCCCUCCUGCAGCAGCAGCAGCGAGAAGGUCCCGAGGGCUGUAACCUGUUUAUCUACCACCUCCCCCAGGAGUUUGGCGACACGGAGCUGACACAGAUGUUCCUGCCCUUCGGCAACAUCAUCUCGUCCAAGGUGUUUAUGGAUCGGGCCACCAACCAGAGCAAGUGUUUUGGCUUCGUGAGCUUUGACAACCCGGCCAGCGCGCAGACCGCCAUCCAGGCCAUGAACGGCUUCCAGGUCGGCAUGAAGAGGCUCAAGGUGCAGCUGAAGCGACCCAAAGACCCGGGACACCCCUACUGACCGCCCCGCCGCCCCGAGGCUGCGGGCUUGGCCCAGGUGAGGGGCCGUCCCACCCCCGAGGCUUCUGCUUCCAACCGAUCCAGGACUUUCCCUCCAUCCCAUCCUCCGGGUGUGGACACCAGCCUCCCAUCCCCUCCCUGCCCCCUGCUCCUAUAAAUGUGACCCACUCCCGGACUGGCCCCUCGGAGCGGGGAGGGCUUCGCGGCCGCCCCAGGCGGGCGGGGAGAGGGGUGGUGGUGGUGACACUCCUGAGUUGGGGGGGCUGAGGAUCCACCGCCCCCUUCCUGAGAGAUGUCCUCGCUCCCACCCCACACGCAGGACCUUGGUGGCUUUCCCCCCUUGACGAAAUGGCAACUUUUCCUAUAUAUAUAUAUGCAUAUAUAUAUAGAGCUAGAGACAGUAUAUAUUUUUUGAGUAUAGAUCAUGGGACCAAACUUUUCCGACUUCCUUCCGUCCAAGAGAGGGUGGCCCCGGGCCGGUCACUCGGCAGGGACAUAAGAAGGGCUGAGGCGGGCUGGGCAGCCCGGUGUCCCCCCCACCCCAACUCCCACUGCCGUGUCAGACCAGGGGCCGGAGAAGCAGCCGCCGCCAUAUACCUCCAAGGCCUCCUGGCCCCCCACAGUGUCCCUGGUCCUCGCUGCAGCUUCUGGAGCCCCCCCGUGCCCGCCUUGUCGCAGGGCCCUGCCUUCCCCGGAUGUAGGCACAAAGGAGACCCCUGUGUCCCCCAGCCAUGCCCCCAGUCAUAGCCUUACUCAUGUGACCAAUAGCCCUUAGCUUGGGGGGCAGAUGGGGUCCGGGGGAGCCACCCCCGGCGCCCCCUCCCAAGGGCAGGCGGCCGCCCUCCUGCCUUCGGAUCACCAGCCUGGAACCUCCACGUCGCCAAGCUCGCCACGCGGCUGGACCAGCCCGGCCCGCACCGGCCCAGCGUCCCUCCAGCGGACAUACCUCUGUCAAAGAUUUCUUUUUUUUUUUUUUUUUUUAUUAUUAUUAUUUUGGUCUUUCUGAGCAGGUACAAAGAAGGGAAGAGCAGAACUAACAAACACAAACUCAGACAGCACUGGAUUUUGAUUUCCUAGCCGGGGCAGGGAGGGGGACCUUGUGGGGUGCCUCUGUACGGCCACCGACCGCGACACCCACCUUGAAGCACACAGAACCGGGCUCGUCCGACCGGCCGGCGGGGCCUCUCGCCGGACAGGCACCAGAGACCUUCAAAAGCUCAAGAAAACAAAACAAAACAAAACAAAAAAAUGAAAAAGAAAAAAAAAAACAGCUUUCCCUUUUGUUUCUACCAAAACGUGUGGACCGACCCAGAAAAAAAAAAAAAAAAAAGAAACCUAGCAAAAAAAAAACAAAAAAAACAAAAAAACGAAGAAAAGGAAAAAAAAAAAUCUUCUGAGCGACUUGUUUCCGUAUCCGGGAGUUUGAUAAUUGUUCCGAGACUCUAGCGUGCCUGUGUCCCGUGCGUCUGCGUGUGCAAGCGUGUGCUCCGGGGCCGCGAGGGGACCCGGCCCGUGUCCCCGCGCCCGCCAGGCCCGCCUGCCAGUGCGUGGUGGCAGCGUGCGGUGGCCCGUGUCCUUCUGGUCCAUGUUUACUGGCUGUAAAUAUCAUUUUUAUACUCCACACCGAAGAUCGACGUGAUUUGUACGAUGUACUUUAUUUCUGCUACGGGCAAUUUCAUCGUUUCAACCUGCAAACUGACUUUUGGAGACAAACCGCCACACACACACACACACACACACACACACACGGAGAGGACCUCGAGGGCGUUUCGGGUUGACUUAUUCGAAUCUCGUGGCUGGAGAGGUCGCGGGCCCCCGGGGGGGCGACGGGCCGGGUGAGAAACCGCCCUGGUGGCCGGAACGCCUCUCUGUGGGCUGGAGAAGCUGAAAAUUUAUUUAAUAAAAGUUUUACUUGCUAA